AUGGUAUGUGACAUAGCUAAUUUGAUUGAUUUUGUUUACCCGCAGCAAAUGUCGUUGGCUAACGUCGACGACUUUGCUCGGAAAAUUAUUCUCUGUCCCCGGAACGAGGAUUGUAGACAGGUCAAUCGCACGGUGCUGCAACGCGUCACGGGUGCCGCGAGAACCUACACCGCCAUAGACACGGUGGUGGCGGACGACGUGGACGAGAUUGCCAACUACCCGACCGAGUUUUUGAACUCGCUGGAGCCCGACGGACUUCCUCCGUACAGACUGACGCUGGUGGUCGGUUCCGUGGUUAUGCUGCUGCGGAACCUCGAUCCGAAAAUCAGACUGUGCAACGGAACAAGGUUAGUGGUUACGGAACUGAGGCGCAACAACUUCAAAGCGAGGUUGUUAGCGGACGCGGGGGAAGGGCAGGACGACAUCGUCAUCCCCAGGAUACCGCUGUCGUCCAGCGGAGACGACGACCUGCCCUUCACCAUGCGUCGGGUUCAGUUCCCGGUGAGACUUUCAUUUGCGAUGACGAUCAACAAGUCUCAGGGUCAAACUUUCGACAGAGUUGGUUUGUUUCUGCCGUCCCCGGUGUUUACGCACGGACAACUGUACGUUGCGUUCUCACGAGUGCGGGACUCGGAAUCAAUAAAAGUUG